AUGAGGCCCAACAGCAUCCAGGGAGGUGUGGCGUCGCAGCGACACGGAACCCGCCUCCGCGCGACAGACGAGGACAAGGACGCGGCGCCCGCGAAGCCUGACAAGGCCGAGCAAGAGGCCGCCAUCGAGGAGCUGGCGUUCGAGGAGAGCCUCGAGGGAGACAUCGCGGAGCUCGCACUGUGGGUGGGUGCCGCCGUCGCCUUCGGAGCCGGCGUCUGGUUCUUCCGAGGGCCCACGGCCGGGGAGGAGUACUUCGCGGGGUACCUCUUGGAGCAGUCGCUGUCUGUGGACAACCUGUUCGUGUUCAUUCUGGUGUUCGAGUACUUCAAAGUGCCCGUCGCGUCGCAGCGCAAGGUGCUGUCGUACGGCAUCUACUCCGCCGCCGUGCUGCGCCUCACGAUGGUGCUCGCGGGCGUGGCCGCCAUCGAGACGUUCCGCCCCGUGUUGCUGCUGUUCGCCGGCGUGCUGAUCUUCUCGAGCUACAAGCUGGUGCUCGGCGACGACGACGACGAAGAGGAGGACCUCUCCGACAACGCGAUCGUGAAGGCGUGCCGCGCGGUGUACAAGUUCAGCGACGACUACGACGGCGACAAGUUCUUCACGACCCUCGCGGACGGGGCGCGCGUCGCGACGCCGCUUCUCCUGGUCCUCAUCGUGAUCGAGAUCUCCGACGUCAUCUUCGCCGUCGACUCCAUCCCCGCCGUCUUCGGAGUCACUCUGGACCCGUUCGUGAUAUAUACCAGUAACAUAUUUGCCAUUCUCUCGCUCCGGGUGCUCUACUCCUUCGUCGCGGACGUCAUGACCAAGCUCUGGGCGCUCGACAAGGCGGUCGCGCUCGUGCUGGGCUUCAUCGGGGCGAAGCUCGUCCUGGAGUACGUCGGCGUCCACGUUCCCACGGACCUGUCGCUCGGUGUCGUGGCCGCACUCCUGGGGGGUGGGGUGGGAGCGAGCUUCGUGCUGCCGGACCCGUCCGAGGCGAAGUCGGAAUGA